CUCGGAUGGCUGCACGGCUGUCGAUUGGCUGCGUGGGUUCGUCGGCGGGAGGACGCGCUGCGCUGCGCUGCGUUGCUCCUCCCUCCGCAGCGCCAGGUCUCGGCUGAGCUAGAGAGCGAGCCGAGCCGGCGUUUUGGCCGAGUGAAGGCAGCAGCAGCGCGCUACCGAACCUGACCACUGAUUCUGUCGCUGUCGCCGCCGCCGCCCGGCGCGCCGUGACGCGCGACUCCAGAGCCCGACACCUUUUGGCCUGGCCCGCGCGCCCCAGGCCCGGCCCGGGCGGCGCGACGGGAGGAUGAGCGGCGGGCGGCGAAAGGAGGAGCCGCCUCAGCCGCAGCUGGCCAACGGGGCCCUUAAAGUCUCUGUCUGGAGCAAGGUGCUGCGGAGCGACGCGGCCUGGGAGGACAAGGAUGAAUUUUUAGAUGUGAUCUACUGGUUCCGACAGAUCAUUGCUGUGGUCCUAGGUGUCAUCUGGGGAGUCUUACCAUUGCGGGGUUUCUUGGGAAUAGCAGGAUUCUGCCUGAUCAAUGCAGGAGUCCUGUAUCUCUACUUCAGCAACUACCUACAGAUAGAUGAGGAAGAAUAUGGUGGCACAUGGGAGCUCACAAAAGAAGGGUUUAUGACAUCUUUUGCCUUGUUCAUGGUCAUUUGGAUCAUUUUUUACACUGCCAUCCACUAUGACUGAUGGUGUACAGACCCCACCUACUCUCUGUCCGGUCCAGAGGACCCUCAUAGUUACAGCACAGAAACAUGAUUGUAGGGACACCCCAGCCACGUGGAACCUGGAAGACCCAUGUUUUCUGGACCAAGAAUCAUUGUGUUGGGCAUCAGUGUCUUCUGCAAGGGUUGUGAUCUGAAACUUUUUAAAGAACCAUCCGCCUUUUGGGGAAGCAUUUCUGAAUUGUCCAUCACCAACCAUUUCUUCUUGGAUAUCAUCAUGAAACACCUGUUUGCUGAUCGGAGCUGUCAUUUAAUUUGAUGCACCUCUGGAUCCGGAUGAAACAUUAAAUUGUCUUCCUCACUUCUC